AUGAUUUUCAGGCCAGCUCUUGUGGCCUGGGCCGCUUUGGCCUUGUUGGCUGCGUCGACCAUGGGGGCCGUCCCGGCGAGCGCAACCCCUGCCGUCUUCCCCAGCUCCGCCGCAGAACGCGGCCUCUCCCCGCGCGACGACCACCACCAGCAGGAGCAUCAGCUACAGCAGGAGCAUCAGCUACAGCAGGAGCAUCAGCUACAGCAGGAGCAUCAGCUACAGCACAAGAAGAAGAAGGACAAGGACGACGACGACUACGAAGACGACGACAAGCCCGCCAAGGACGCCGCCCAGGCCCCCGCCCAGACCGAGCAGAUGGCCCUGAAGUGCCUAAAAGGGUGGCGCGGGAUGCGCUCGAAGAUGCGGAAGAGAGCGAAAGAGUUCUGCAAGAAGUACGCGGGCGAUUCCAUCGAGUGGGGCAGCCAGAUCUGGUCGCAGGUCAAACAGAGGGAGAUCUCCAUCGUGUGGUACAUCUUCCACGUUGACAAUAAGGUCGUGAACGGCGAGGGCUACGGCGCUGCUAACAAAUCAUACUCGCUCGGCGAGGGCGAGUGCGUCGCAGCCUACAUGACCAUCAUCAAAAAGUGCAAGAAGGGCGGCUACCUCGAGGAGAGGAUCGGCAAGGCGGUCAUCCACUGGAGCAUUAACCCCAAUAAUAAGCAGUACUUCCCCGUGGGAGGAGGGCCGGUGAAGGACGGUGAUAACGGUCGCGUGCGUUAA